CAACCAGAAGUGCAUCACGAAGUCACGCUUCAGUUACCGCGAUACGAAAAGUGUACGAGGAAGAUCGGGUGUUGUUUUUUCGCGGGAAAGCAAAUCCAACCCCACAGCAUGGUAACGGAUCAAUCGGGAAGGUACUUGCGUUUGCUGUUGGCGUUGGUAUGCUGGACUUGUGCGCAUUGCACCAAAACGGAUCGUACGAUCGAUCCGACUAAGAGCCGUGUAUGGGGACCAGGAGUGGAAAUACCAGACCGGGCCACCCUUCCAGCGCGUUACUUCUUCAUCGAACCAAGAGACGCGGAGAGUAAAAAAAUCAAUGAGUCUCAAAAGUACGACGUUCAUAUUAUCGGACAGUCUCGUUUUGGGUCCUGCCGGUAUCGAUUGAGCCAGAUUGAUCGCCACGAUGGAUCAAGCAUCAUUCGGUACAAGUUGGCCGAAUCGUGUAGUGAUGUAUCGAUCCACGUCCGGCACAACAGCAUCCAUUUGAACGGGUCUCCGUUCGUCAUCCAUGGCACACUGUACUCGGAGCAGUGCUACUGUCCGCAGGGCUCGGUUGACGAGUGGCUCGAGACGGUCCGCUGCCCAUUGGGUGAUCCUCAGAUCGACAUGGAUCUCAUACCGUUCCGGGCCAUCAAUUUCUCCAGUCUACGCACCCGCAUGAUUCAGCAGUACGACAAACCGGGUAGCAUUUCACACUGCAACUAUGUAAUCCUGCGGAAUCAGGUACACCGACGUUGCUACGGGCAACAUACGGGUUUCAGCAAGUUCAUGGACACGAUCCUGUUGUCGUUGGCGCGCAAGUUUACGCUACCCGACAUGGAGCUGUUCGUAAACCUGGGCGACUGGCCGCUGGUGAAGAAGGGUGGCCAGAGCCGCACUACCGGACCGUUCCCGAUUUUUUCUUGGUGCGGCAGCGACGACACAUUCGAUAUAGUGAUGCCGACGUACGAUAUUACCGAAUCAACGCUCGAGAACAUGGGUCGCGUCAUGUUAGACAUGCUCUCAAUCCAACGAAGGGGAAUACCUUGGGCGGAGAAACAUCCAAAGGCUUUCUGGCGUGGACGGGACGCACGCCGUGAACGGUUGGAACUGGUGGCUCUCGCACGGCACCAUCCCGAUCUACUGAACGCGUCACUGACAAACUUUUUCUUCUUCCGUGACGAAGAAAGCGAGUUUGGCCCAAGGGUUGCGCAUAUUUCGAUGCAUGACUUUUUCGAUUACCGCUAUCAGGUUAAUGUGGACGGAACGGUAGCGGCGUACCGACUGCCGUACCUCCUUGCCGGCAGUUCGGUUGUGAUGAAACAGGAUUCGUUCUACUACGAACAUUUCUACCGGAAGCUGGUACCGAUGCGUCACUACAUCCCAUUCGAGGCAGACCUGUCGAACCUGGUGCAGCAGAUCGAGUGGGCCCGCGACAAUGACGAACAGGCGCGCGAAAUACGGGACAACGCGAACGCAUUCAUCAAUGCCAAUCUGCUACCGUUGGACAUUUACUGUUACCAUGCUUUACUGUUCAAGGAAUACGCCAAAUACAUUGUCAGCCCGAUUCAGGUGCAACCGGGCAUGGAGAAGAUUGAACAGCCUGACGAAGCCUACCACUGCCCGUGCGAGCGGACAACACUUCCGAGGGACGAACUGUAAACCCGCCUUCGGCUGGUCUUCAUACCACAAGUGACACGACGCGACCUGCAUUUAUUUCCUUUCUCUUCCCGCAUUGGGCAACUUACAACCUACCUAAUCGAACUAAGCAAAAAAAAAAAACAAACAAUUCUAUGACGCAACCUGCAAGCUGUGAUCGUUACGUUAUCAUUUUCCGUAGGGCAUUUUUCUCCCACCCCCCACUAAUAGGUAGAAAAAUGGGUUCGUAGAGUAAACUAAAGGUAGUUACGCGAUGGAUAAACACAGCAUUAAAUCCUGAGCAGAAACCGUAAACUAAUUGCUGAAAUAGUUACCCUCCCGAGAAGAAUUAAAAGUAUUACCGCUCGAAUUGAGAAUUUAGUAGGGAGUUAGUAUUAUAAAACUACUUUUUCUAGGGAACUGUAGCGCCCUGCUUGACUCUUGAGAGAGAGAGAGAGAGAGAGGUCUAAAUUUAAAGUGUGUGAAAUAGACAUUUUGCAAAGCUUUUUGGGGCAGAAAAGCAAAUUCUCUAAACGUUACUGAAAAUCUAUCCAGAAUUCUCGUAUUUUAACAAAGUUGAAAUAAACGCUACGAAAUUGAACCAUAAACUACAGCACCUAAGAGCUGUUACUUAUUUUUAAUUUCAACGGCUUGGUAUUGCUUUCGGCACUAUCAGAUUGAUUUUACUCCGCAGGAGAAUUCUUCGUUGUUGCUGAGCCGGUUAGUUCGAAACUAGUCAAAAACAAAACUCAUUUAAGGUUUUCUUUAGAAAAUGGUAUCGUAAACAAAAAUGGAGCCACGAAAAUGAUUUUAUUUAACACAAUAUAUAUGUAAAAAACAUUCAACCGACAACCCGGAUACAUCGAUUUAAUGAGCUUUACACUAUCGAUUUGAUUUUGUAAAUAUAAAAGUUAAAAAU